CUGUUUAACCGUGAAGCAUUGUGGGAUUGCUGAAUAUUGACAUGGCAACCAAACUGUAGAUCCGUUUAGCAUCCACACCGGGCUUUUUGCUGCUUCACCCCCUUAGUGAUCACCCACUCGGUUGUAUGCGUGUUUACCGCCGCCAUGAAUGCGGCGGUGGUGAAAAAGACUCAGGAAACGUUGGGGAAAGUGAUAAAGAAACCACCGCUCAUGGAAAAGCUGCUGAGCAAGCCGCCGUUCCGGUACCUGCACGACAUCUUCAUGGAGGUCAUCAGAACCACUGGUUUUCUGAAAGGCUUAUAUGAAGAAAAUGAAAUGAAGUCGGAUAAUGUCAAUGGCAAAGAAGCAAGAAUGUCUUUCCUCCAGAAAGCCAUAGACGUUGUGGCGUUGGUAAGUGGCGAGCCGUUAACGGCAAAGCCUGCACGAAUAGUUGCUGGGCACGAACCGGAGAAAACCAACGAGCUGCUGCAGGCCAUCGGCAGAUGCUGCCUCAACAAGUUAUCCAGUGAUGAAGCAGUGAAGCAAGUGCUCUCAAGAGGAAAGGUGGACCCAAAAACCAAGAUUGGCACAUCCCAGGACAAAUCCCAGGACAAAUCCCGAGAGAAAUCCCAGGACAAGAGGCACAGGGAGGAGCGCAGCCAUGGUCUAGAUAGAGAUGGGAAGAAAAGAUUAACCGAGCGCAGCAGCAGUCGAGAAGAGAAAGACACAGUGAAGCCCAAAGAUCAGCAGCUCAAGGGCGAGCAGAAGGAGCGCCGGCGUGACCGUGACCACUCUGACAGGCGCCAUCGCAGCGACCAAAAGCCCGCAGCAGAAAGAGAAAAGAGUCGAGACCAGGAGCAAGAACGCCACAAUGGACGCGCUCGGGACAAGGAGAAGGAGCAGGACAGAACAAGAGAUCGGCAAAGAGACAAAGACAGAGAUUCUCACAGAGACCGGGACAAAGGAAAGCACAAGGAAAAAGACAGAGAGCGACAAAACGGCAAAGGGGAGCAGAACAAACGUGCAGAAAGUGGGGAUAAAAGGACCAGAGAGCCAGAAGAACCGGAGCAGAAACCCAGUUCUGAUGAGAUCAACAGUCAAACAGCCAAAACGGGGACACCGGAACCAAAUCCUGAUGAAGAGCCUCCAGAAGUAGUCGGAAGCCAGCCCGACAGCCCCGCGAGAAUUCCUCGACCGUCGUCUGCCAAAGGACAAAGGCGAAGACCUAAAGCCGGAGAUGAAUCUGACAGCGAUGGAGAUGAAGAUCCACGUUUUGCCCAAAGUUCACAUCCUCAGGAAAAUGGGAACACUGUGGGAUCCUCCAUGUCAUCUGACAUCAACAACAGUAGGCUGAUGGCCCGACCGGGCAGUGCACGGUUUCGUGUCAGGAGACAAGAGAGUCAUGCUGACGCCCCCCCAUCAGAGAGGCUGUCAAGUGCCAAGCCCAGAGCACCUGUCAUCAUGGACGGGAAGAAGAUGUCAGACGAUGAGGAGGAGGAUGACGAGCAAUUCCUCGUGGAGGAGGCACCCCCUCCACCCCUCAGCGUUCCUGAGAGCGAUCGAGAACCCGCUCGAGAACUGGACAGUGAGGAGGAGCACGGGGGCCUGGUGAAAAAAAUCCUUGAGGUCAAGAAGAACCACGAACUGCCCCAUUCCUCCCUCAGAUCUAAAGAACAGAGUUUGGUGUCUGACGCAGCACUUCAGAAAAAACGGGAGAUGGCAACAAAAGAGGUGGAGAAGCUUCGCUCAUUCAUUCAGAGCUUGUGCCACAAUUACCAGUUCUUGGCUAAACUCAUGGAGUACACGCUGGAGGACAUGGACGCCAUGCGGGCCGAGGUGCAGCGCUGGCGGAAGGAGAACAAAGAAUGCGCAGAGGCUUUGCUUCAGGAACAGAGGGAAACUGAACGAGUUCUGGAACCUCUGAAAGCUGAACUGGUGGAGCUGGAGCAGCAAAUCAAGGACCAGCAGGAUCAAAAUUAUUCCAUGAAGGCAAACGUUCUGAAAAACGAAGAGCUCAUCCAGAAGAUGCUGGCUGGAGCCUUUUACAAGAAAUGAGGGAAAACAUAAAGAAACCCAGAACCUUCGCUGCGAUUCUCAGCCCCUAAGCCUCCUGGGGUUCAUGUUGGACAGAAGGAAACGUCAGAACUGGAGGAGGAGCAUAGAAGAAGAAGAGCUGAGCUGUUCUUGAGAGAGUUUCCAUCAUUCCUCAGUGAUGAGAUGAUGAUGGAAGAGGAUGCUGAUAAUCCUGACAGAUGAUCCAUGCUGUCAGUGUCUGCACACGGACAUGUUGGGUCCCUGCUCUGUGAUGGUGCCUUCGUCGAACGAGCCGCUGCAGCUCGCAGACGUGAACAGGGACCGUUGUUUAACUGCACAGCAGCCACUGCUUCCAUGUGUGAGGUUUGUCUCAUUAGUUUAUAACCAAUAAAUGUAAAAAAAAAAGAGAGAUCAAUAAAUGCAUAUUUUUAUAGUUACUUGUACGAACACUUCUCUUUUUUCCUUUGAAUCUCAACAUUUAGCUUGAACAUACUCAGUUUACUGGCAGCAGGUCAGAUUUCAAACGGUUCCUUUCAGUUUUCCAGGUGAGUGUUUAUUAUUGUAGAUCUUCUAAAAGGCAAAGAAAAAGGAAAUAAAGGAUUUUCAUUUGCAGAAAUGAUUUCCUUAACGCUUGAAAGUCUGUCUCGUGUGAUUCUGCCGCUCUGAAAGCACUGCUGCACUUUGAGGAGUGUGUUUGGGGGAGUUGCUGUUUGAUGCUAUUUACAGAACCAACUUAAAAAAACAAAACUCUCUCUAUCUGUUUCAAAUAUCUAAAAAGACGCCUUGAUGUGCCCAAGAGACUUUAACACUUUUAGAGGAAACUUUUUUUUAUGGAGUCAAGUCAGGAUCGGCUUAAAGUGAAUAAAAACAGAAAAAUGGACUUAAAAACAGAUUUAAACUCAAAAGUACAGAUUGAAAGUCGAAAAAAAAAUUGAAAAUUGGAAAGAAAGAAAUGUAAAUUUGACAAAAACACUAUAAACCAAUUUUACAAACGGUAAACAAUCUGGUUUUCAUUGACUGACCCUGAUUUGACCCCCACCUUUUGGCCAGAUUAAGCAAGUAUAUAAAACAAAAAGUCCACUUAUUGUUAAAUAGUUUUCUUUUAGCAGUAAUUCAUUUUACCUGUGUAGGUAAAAUUACACUUCAGACUGAAAACGGCUAAAUGUUCUUCCUUCCGCCUCCUGGAGGAUGCAGAAAAAGCUGUGAAAUUCUGAACGUGUCCCUGAAUGUAAUCCGGUAUUUUUACUGCAACCCUGACCUUUUUUUUUCAGAUGUGAUGACUUGACAUACUUCACCAGAUUUCUAUGUAAACACGUUCAUUUUUGGCCGGCAAGCGUCAAGUCCUUACCGCAGCCUGGUGUUGACGAGAGAAAAAUAUUUGGACAUGCUCAUUCAUUCAAGUAAAGCCGUGCAAACACCAUUUGGGUUUCAAAAUCAGAUUUGUUGUUCCUGUUAUUUGUGAAGUUUGUGGAUGUUUGUUUCAACAAAUCUAAAAGCUGGAACGGAAAAUUCAGACUUAAAAAUGCUCUAAUAUUUUUGAUUUCAUGUUCGUAUACAGGAAUUUUCUAUUAUAUUAAAGGAAUUUUCUACAAUUUUCAGGGGUAAAAAAUGAGCUUUUAUCAUCCACAGACCGUUGAAAUUCAAAUAACUCAAAACAUAACCAAAGUAUAAAUUAAGGUCCUUUUUCUCCCAAAAACUUUAUCUUCCUAAAUGUUUUGUUUGUCAUACUAUGCUAUACUAAUAUUUUUCAGAUGUUUGGUCUGAAUUUACUUUGCACAUCUUCCCUAAAAAAGAAACACAGUCGAGUCUUCUGAAGCCUCCUUCUUGCUGUUUUUGCCAACAGAGAAACAAGUUCUGUAAACUGAAACAAAUGUUAUACUUGUUGUCUUUUUUUUUGUCAUUCACUGAAACACCUUUAUUCUGUGGAAAACAUAAAAAGCCAUAAAAUAGACUGGAAGAUUGCUUUUUAAAUUGAGAAAUACAAAAUGAUUUUUAAAGAUGUAUUUGUGAACAAAAGACUUUAGGGGAAAAACUUCCUUAUUUCCUGAACCAACAAGCAAUCGCCCAACAAACUAUAACACAUAGUUUCUCUAUAAGUGUACAAUAUGUAUAUUUGAAGAAUGUAUUAUACUGGAAAUAAUUCUAUAAUUUUGUAGUGGAGUGAAAUAAAUGGUCUGUUGGAAUAAA